AUGGACAAUAGGCUGGCUGAGGCCUAUAUGCGUUUUGACAGCUGGUGCAAGCGCAACAGGCAUACUACUGCGAUCGAUGAGUUCACAAAAGCUUCCUUUGGCAUGGGAGGGCAAGGGAACAACUUUCCCACCACAUUGGGCGGCAAGGCCUUUGAUACGGCGCUCAUCAUGGCAUGGCUGGGCGACGAAGUUGACCAUUGCCAGGUGGGCAUUGCUUCCUUGGUGGCCAGCGGUGAAGUGCUGCAGGAGAAUAGCAGCUUGGAGUUGGCUGGGCUGCAAGAUGGCGAUUCUGUGCAGGCCGUUGCUCGACCCCAUGGAAUGUUGGCGUCCAACCGCUAUUCACGGGCCUUCGCGUGA